UUGUAAUGGUGUGCAUGAACCACUGGGCGAGACUGUCUCUCUGUGUUGGCCGCGAAAGAGGAGGGGAGAUGCUGCCUGGAGUCAAGAGAAGGGCCGCCGCCAUUAUUGGGAAACUGACAAAAAAAUAAGACUCACCACACACCGUCACACAUGUUUUUUUUUCUAGCCUGCCAGCAGCUCAACAACACCAGCGAAGAGAACGGGAAUCCAAGCUUUUUUUUUUCACCCCUUCCGCUGGGAUCAUUGAAGACAGCUCGCCCCGAAUCUUUUAUUUUGGACAUAACAAAGGAAAUAAUAAUAGCUGCAAACAACGUGGUGGCGAAGCAAGAAAAACAAGACUCCUGAAAGGUCGUUUUGCAAACCAGAAGAACCCCCUUUUCUUUCUUGUUCCUAGGCGGGCUGAAGACGACUUUGUGCGGCAUUUUUUGCUCGCUUUUCCCCCCUUUCCUAGCAUUCAGUUGUUGGUUAGCCCUCCGGCACACACGCAGACAAAUGUGAAAACUUCAGACGGGAGCGUCCAAAGUGACAAGAAAUGGACAUUUAGACUCUUUUCGUGCCCUGGAAGCGGAUAAUAAUCGAUGAGAGUGUUGGCGCCGUGUGUUUUUGUCUUUUUUUCAAGCGAGGAGGGAAAGGAGUGGACGCAAUCCGGAGAGGAAGGAAUGUUACGGGUCCGAUCGGAGGAGAGCGAAAACCUCUUUGCGUGGGAUCGCCCUGUCCUCGGCGGCCUCCGUCUCUCCGUCGAGCUUGAGGCGAGCAUGACAGGAUGAGCUUCUGCCAGCGACGAUGAUGGCCAAAAAGCAAGAUGUCCGGGAUCCCACCUACAACCUGGUUGUGGUCGGACUGUCCGGUACAGAGAAAGAAAAAGGCCAAUGCGGAGUCGGAAAGUCCUGCCUGUGCAACCGCUUUGUUCGUCCGAGCGCCGAUGACUUCUACCUGGAUCACACCUCGGUCCUCAGCACCAGUGACUUUGGAGGCCGUGUGGUGAACAAUGACCACUUCCUGUUCUGGGGAGAAGCUGGCAGGACGGUGGAGGAGGGGCCAGAGUGCAGAACGAACGUGGUGGAACAGACCGAAUUCAUCGAUGACCAGACAUUCCAGCCGCACCGGAGCACGGCGCUGCAGCCGUAUAUCAAAAGAGCCGCCUCCAACAAGUUAGCUUCGGCCGAGAAGCUGAUGUACUUUUGCACGGACCAGUUGGGGCUGGAGCAAGACUUUGAGCAGAAACAGAUGCCCGAGGGCAAGCUCACGGUGGACGGAUUCUUACUUUGCGUCGAUGUCAGCAGGGGCAUGAACCGUAGUUUCGAGGACCAGAUGAAGUUUGUGACAAACCUGUACAACCAACUUGCCAAAACGAAGAAACCCGUGGUACUGGUUCUCACCAAAUGUGAUGAAGGAGUCGAGCGCUACAUUAAGGAUUCGCACACCUUUGCGCUAGCCAAGAAAAACCUCCAGGUGGUUGAAACAUCCGCGCGCUUAAACGUCAACGUCGAUUCCGCUUUUCUGACGCUCGUUCAACUCAUUGACAAAGGGAGAGGGAAGCCCAAAAUAAUCCUUUACUUUGAGGCGCUGAAACAGCGGAGUCAACAGAUCGCCUCGGCCAAGGACCGCUACGAGUGGCUGGUCAACCGAAUCGUCAAGAACCACAAGGAGUCGUGGCCCGCCGUCAGUCGCCGCAUGCAGUCGGCCUCGGAGUACAAGGACUACGUCUUCCUUGAGGGGACGGCCAAAGCCAAGAAACUCUUCCAACAGCACGUGCAUAGACUAAAGCAAGAUCAUAUCGAAAAACGCCGCAAGGCUUAUCUAAGUACUCUGCCGCAGGCUUUGUCGACACUAUUACCGCAGUUGGAUGAGAUCGACCACCUGAGCUGGUCUGGAGUUCAGAAAGUGCUGGAGACCAAGAGAGAUUUUUCCCAUUGGUUUGUUGUCUUGGACGACACGCCGUGGGAGACCACGGCCCACAUUGACAACACGGAGGAUGAUCGGAUCCCUCAAGACCUUCUGGAAACUCGCACGGCCGAGGCCGUGUACGAGAGCCACCUGGAGCAGCUCAGGAAUGACCGCAAACGAGCUGAAAUGAGAUGGGAGUUCAAGGAAAAACUGAGUGUCUCUCCAUUCAUCACUCCUGGAAAACCGUGGGAGGAGGCCCGGAGCUUCAUCAUGAAUGAGGACUUCUACCAGUGGCUCGACGAAGGGGAAUAUUUAGAUAUCUACAACAAACACCAGAAGGAGAUUAUCGACCGAGCCAAAGAGGACUUCCAAGAACUGCUUCUUGAAUAUUCCGAACUUUUUUACGAACUGGAGGUAGAUGCAAAGCCGAGCAAAGAGAAGAUGGGAGCCAUCCAGGAAGUACUGGGCGAAGAACAACGAUUCAAAGCCUUACAGAAGCUGCAGGCCGAGAGGGACGCUUUGGUAUUAAAACACAUCCACUUUGUCUACCAUCCCACAAAGGACACCUGUCCCAACAGCCCUCACUGCGUGGACUCUAAACUCGAGCAGAUACUUGCUUCCAGGUUCCCCACUCGCUAUGCGUCACCAGAUAGUUCAAGACCGGAUGGGGGCAGGGCGGAAAGGAUAAAUCUGGUCAUACUCGGGAGAGACGGACUCGCCAGAGAGAUGGCAAACGAGAUCAGGGCAUUGUGCACCAGCGACGAUCGGUACGUUUUGGACGGGAAGAUCUACGAGUUAGCUCUUCGUCCCAUCGAGGGCAACGUACGUCUGCCGGUUAACUCCUUCCACACGCCGACCUUCACGCCCCACGGUUGCCUCUGUUUGUACAACUCCAAGGAGUCUCUGUCGUACGUCGUGGAGAGCGUAGAAAAGCUCAGAGAGUCGACUGUAAGUCGAAGGGACCGAGAGAACAUUCUAGCCCAACUCCCGCUUUUCCUCUUGCUCGUGACCAAGCGUGGGGUUGGUUCCAUCGGGGAUAUUGGAGGAGAAACAGCUCAGACGCUUAUCCACCAAGGACUGCAGGUGGCCGCGAAGCAGCAGUGUCGUUACCUCGACCCCGCCUCUCCGGGCAUGGGUUACGGCCGCAAUUUCAACGAGAAACAUCUCAACCAGAUGUUGAGAGGCCUCUUAGAGUCUCGGAGAAGCCUUCGCAGCGGCUCGCCGCCCAUAGCGCCUUCUUUGUCCGCCUUCAGAGACUCUCAGUCCCAAGCAAUUGUCGAAUCGGACCUCAAGAUUGUCAUGUGCCUCAUGUGUGGGGACACGUAUGAUCUCGACCAGCUCCUUGCCCCUUUCUUGUUGCCUCAGCACUGUCGGCCGACUAGCAACCUCCACAGCGGCACUUCAGUCCUCCUGGAUCUGAGUGUCGGUGGUCAGAGGCAGACCAUUGAGCUGUCCUUGCUGUCCUUCCAUUCUUCCUUCUCCCUGCGCAAGACUAAACUAGUCCACGGCUACAUUGCCGUUUACUCCGCUCGCCGGAAAGCCUCGUUGGAAACUUUAUGCGCUUUCCUUUGUGAGGUUCAAGACAUCGUUCCAGUCCAGUUGUUAGCGGUUGGGGAAAGCCAGAUGGAGCUUUCAGACUCCGAAUCAGCUAGGGAGCAGGUCAAUCAGGGAGAGGAACUCGCUCAUGAGAUCGAGGCGAGGUUCAGCACAAUAAUAUGUGGGCACGGAGGGGUUGUAGGCGGGCUUCAUAAAAUGGAUCUUUUCCAAUCUUUUCUCAAGGAGAUCGUGGACAAGCGCACUAUUAUUGAGAUGUACGAGAACGUGGCUGAAGCGUGCACCAACGAGAGCGCCAGUCCCCGUUGCGGCUCUCCCAGUCCAGUUAACAUUCUUCUGGACUCAGAAGAUGACAUCGACCCAUCGCCGCCUUACCCCACCCUGAGGGAUGAUGGAAGUCUCAGCUCCCAUCUGGUAAGCUUCAAGCUACCAGAUCUGGACUCAAGCGAUACGUUUUCUGUCAUCUCUGAGCUCAGCACAUUUGAGAGCAAGCUGAACAACAAGGUACCUCCUCAAGUGAAACCUAAACCUGUCCGGAAGGUCAAUCUUGGCCCUUACGUGGACCAACAAGGUGGCACCAACCGACGAUCCUUGCCUCAAGCCGUCACGUGGGCUCCCGGUAGCGACGGUGGCUACGAUCCGUCGGACUACGCCGAGCCUAUGGAUGCCGUGACCAAGCCGCGACAUGGCGAAGAAGAGAGCAUCUACUCUGUCCCUCACGACAGCACACAGGGCAAGAUCAUCACCAUCCGCAACGCCAGCAAAGGCCACGCCAAUGGGAGCGCCGGGGGGAACGGGUCAGACAGCGAAGCCGACAGCAGCUCGCUGGAACGCAGAAGGAAAUUGUCAGCCAUCGGGAUCAAGCCCAAGCUUUACCGAGAUAGAUCCAAACGCCUGGGAAAGUUCAGCAGUUUUCGGACCAGCUUCUCGAUAGGUAGUGACGAUGAAAUGGGGGGUCCGCCCAAGGCUAGCCAAGAUGACGGAGGAGCCCAGAAGGACAAUUCCAUUGAGGAGAGCGAGGAUCCCAAAAAGAGGAAUAUCCUGAAGAGCCUGCGCAGAAAUACAAAGAAACAACGAGCCAAGCCGAGGCAUUCCAUCACCAAACCUAUUGAGAGCAACUACUUUGGAAUGCCGCUGGUUACCGCGGUAACUCCAGAGAGGCCAAUCCCGGUGUUCGUUGAGAAGUGUAUUCAAUUUAUUGAAACAAGACAAGGCUUGAGCACCGAGGGCAUCUACAGGGUCAGCGGGAACAAGGCGGAGAUGGAGAGCAUGCAGCGCCAGUUUGAACAAGAUCACAACUUGGACCUGGUGGAGAAAGACUUCACCAUCAACACAGUAGCCGGCGCCAUGAAGGCCUACUUCUCCGAGCUUCCUGAACCUCUGGUACCUUACAACAUGCAGGUGGAGCUGGUGGAAGCUUUCAAGAUCAACGAUAGGGAGCAGCGCUUCCAGACGAUGAAGGACAUUCUCCGCCGCUUCCCGCGGGAGAAUUAUGAGGUCUUCAAAUACGUUAUCAAACACUUGAACAAGGUGAGCCAGCACAGCAAGCUGAACCUGAUGACCAGCGAGAACCUGUCCAUCUGCUUCUGGCCUACGCUGAUGAGGCCCGACUUCACCACGAUGGAUGCACUGACCGCCACGCGCACCUACCAGACAAUCAUCGAGAGCUUCAUCCACCAGUGCGCGUACUUCUUCUACAACCAAGCGCUGGCCGACGGCCUGCCGGGCUCGCCCACCUCCGCGCUCCCCUACGGCGGGGGCUCCUCGGCGUACUCGUGCAUGGCCGGCGGCGGCUACUCCUCCUCGCCGGCGCCGUCCCCCCCGACCGCUUACGUCCUCCCGGCCACGCCUCCCGUCAUCCCGCACUACGGCCCCCCCAUCCACCACCACCACCACCACCACCACCAGUCUCCGCCCCAUUCCCCGCCGCCCACCCCCCAAUUGCCCCUCCCCGCCCUGCUGCCGCCCUCCCUGCACCCCCAUCACCCACCUACGGAACAACACACGCUGUGAACCGCCAAGGGAUCAAGGGAACCUUAAAAAAAAAGACACCUCGGAAAGAGAUUGGAACAAACCAACGGAAGGAGGAGGAACAGGAAGUGGGGAAGAGGACAUUGAGGGAUCUGCAGUAUGAACCUUGGGAGAGGCCAUGUGACCCUCCCCUGAGCUUGUAUAGAGAUGGCCUAGACUAGCCACUUGAAUAUUCCCUCUCAGUGUCACUUCAACUGGGAACAACAAGGCGAUGAAGAGUGACGCCUUGUCAGAACCUUUUAGACCAUGUCACACAGGAGCAACGUCAAAGGAAAACACACCAUUAGCAGCCCCUCCACCCAUUUUUUUUCAUCUCCCCCCCCCCCCUCAAAUUCCCAUCGCUACACGUGCAAGCCAGUUUCACUCAAGGCUAUUUGCCAAGCACCGUAGGGAAAGAGAAAACUAAAACUCAACCAACCGGAUCGGCCGAUCGGGGCAAAGGAUCAUGGCUGCGCUCAUGCCUUUGGCAUUCGGUCUACUGUAUGCUGCAUUACAAAGUUACCCAUAAAGUUUUGGGGUUUUUUUGCGAGCCCACACCUCAAGUCACCACCCUUAUCUGUUGCCAAUCAGUCAAUGUGUGUGUGUGUGUCUUUUUUGCCUGGUGUGUGUGUGUUUCAUUGAUGCAGUUUUCAAAGUAAGGACCUCCCUUGUUCCAAAAGCACUUUUCUGAGCACUUUCAAGGCACAUUUUUAAUAUCUAUAAAUAUAUCUAUAGCUGUGACUUCACUCUCACGCUCUCUUCUGGGAGCACACCACUGACAUCCAGAGGAGCAACUGGGGUAUUGCAGCCACUACAUGGGCUUUGCGCCGCCACUCUUUCACUGCUGUUUUAGUUUCAUUUUAUUUUGAUGAAAGCUUUCACAACCCUUUUUGAGCCAAGGCACAUAUUUUGCAUUUGGUAAAAACAUCUAGCUGUGUGGUGCAGUACAUGUGGCUAAAUGGUUUUUUUUUUCUUGUUUCAUGUGAAAUGACAAGCAAGCUGCUGCUCUUACCCACAAAGCAUGGCCACUACACUGGAGGUAAAAAGUAAAUAAAUACAGAAAAAUGCCAGAAUACACUUCUAACAGCACAAGACUAAGGUUGCAAGAAUUCUAGAAAAAAAAUUGUAUUACUGCUUGGACAACGUACACAAUAUGACACGACUAACAUUUUCAAUUUAGGAGAAAAAAAGUGAUGCUUUCUCAUAAUAGUAAACUUAUCUGGUUUGAAAAAGAACAACUGUAUUUCAUAAAAUUACAGAAUGAGAUGAUAAAUAAUACCGAAAAAUAGAGGGUCUUAUAAAAUGAUGACGCUAUUCUGAUUAUCAUACAGGAUUUACCUCAGAAAUGUAUUCUGGUCAUUUUUCAGUAUUUUUUUUAUUUUGGCCCUUCACUGCAUAUUUUGCCACACUGCCCCUACUGGCGCUACUCUGCAACUACACCGUUUUUUUCUCCCCAUGAGUAGCUCUGGUUGUUUUUUGUUUUUUUUUUAGAGACACGAACAAACAGUCCAUUCAUCCAUCCGCACGACCGGAACGGGGCAUCCCAAAUUCCCUUCCGCGGCCUUCUGUUACCGUAGAAACCGGCGAGACGGGGGCCCGGAGGAUCCAUAAUCCCAACCGCUUUUGAAGUGCGUUUUUGUCUAGUUGUUAGGCAGAUGCUCACCAAGGUCACCUGAAUGCUCCUCACAGGCCGGAAAGCCUUUUAAACAAUCGCUGAACUCUUACAGGCGCUUUUAUCACGCGACACUACCUAUUUAGCCCCUUUUUCUGUGUGUGGGUCUCGAUGUGCGCUGAAAUUCGCUGUGUGUGUGUGUGUGUCGGAUGAGCUGUCUGCGGCAGACAUCCAGACAGCAUCGUGAUCCAAACAAAGGUGACGGUGAGGAAUGUAGCUCCCCUCGUGCUCACUGCCCCCGCCGGGUAAGCCUGUUUGCUCAUUCACAUUAUUAGGAACAAGAGAAGUGGGAUGAUUACUUGGGAGAGUGUGUGCGUGGGUGUUUGUGAGUCUGAAACAUGUUGAAAUGAUUGUGGCAGCCAAAGACUGGACAAAAAAGGUGACAAUUGAAUAUUGAAUCAAAUGUGAGUUUUUUUUUUACCCCCCCAAACAAUGGUGACAGAUGUCUAAGUUAAAAUGAGAACAAGAAAAAAAAAAAGUUUAUGGAAAGGGGUUCUUUAUGGUAUGUUGGGGCGGGCCGAGGUCUUACACGUUGCCCUUUACUCGGUGGUGACAGAAAAAAAAUCUUUUUGUUUAUAGUAAAUAAAAAUGUUUUUUUUUCUUUUAUUUGUUUGUUUUGAUGCCCACUAUAAUGCAUGAAUUCUUCCCGGAUGAGGAAGUGGAGGGCUUCACCGCUCGGACUAUUUAAGAGAGGAUGAAAUAAAAUAUUACAAACUGUUUUGGGGGUGGGGCCAUAAUGGGGAAAAAAAAAACAUGUAAUGAAGUUCUGUAAACUGAAAAGAUAACGCGUCAAUUUGCCGACUGGUCAUUUGUCUCGAUGGGAAUGAUGUAUACAGCAAGGCCUUAUGUGAUCUGUAUCAUAGUUAAUAAAUGAAAUCUUGUACAAAGGUGA